AUGAAGCCACGGUCCAAACCUGUUCGCAUUCCUCUCGCUAGACAUGGCUGGCGCUUGGCCCGUCGCCCACGACUUACACAUCUCUCACUUUGGUUAAACCAAAGUGGUGGAUGUUCAUGGUAGAUUCCGCAAGGGUGUGGAGAAAAAUAUGGUGGUUUCGAACAGCGGUUUUGGCAGUUGUAAAAUCAUGAAUCAUGGUGACCACUUUGCAAUGUGUGAACAUGGCCGACAGAGCGUAGGUGAGGCUAUCGGAGAGUAAUUGUAUGUCUUCGUGUGCUUCAGCCAUUAGCCUCAAAGUGUGUGAUCUCAAAGUGUUAGUGUGUUACUAGUAGCGAUGCCAGGAGCUACUAGUAGCUUCUUGUUCCUAGUAGUGUUCUCGGAUCAUCAGUGUUGAGUAGGAAGCACGUCUGGUCCUCAGGCACAGAGCUGUUAUGAGCUGCUUCAAAGUCCAAGGAAAGUCCUGUCAGUGCCAUGCAUCCGUUUCUGUCAGAGGAGAGAGACUCAAUUCGCUGCGAAGAAUAGAGACCAAUCUCCAACAUCAGCAGUGCGAUUCACAAGAAAUCAUUGCAUUUGGUGAACUUCCUUAGAAGACAGGCAUUCAGCAACCAUUGAAUCACAGUGGAGGGCGAAGAGCACUUUAGCCAGGGUUUCGGCUCAAAGCGCUUCAAUGAGCAUGGAUACAGAGAGGCAUAAGAUCCCUGCACUGCCCUUGAAGCACGACGUUCGGAAGUCCCUCGAAAGUGGGAUUGCUGCGCUGCUAAGUGACAUCAGCCCAGCGUCCACCGAACAUGCAGAGUGCAGGAGGUUGCUUGAGCAGAAACAACUGCUUAGCUCUCAAAUGGAAGAGCUGCGAGCAACAAUGCGAAAUGUGCAGGAGGACAGCGAGCGGAGCAGCGAUGAAGCGCGGCAGUGCGAGGCGGAGGCAGCCUUGGAUCUCAGCCAAUUGGCAGCCUUGAAAGACCAACUGCAAACCCUCCGAGAACAGAUUCAACGCUCAAAGCAGCAGCAAGUGGAACACCGGAGAGCCGAACGCGAGCUGAGAGUGGAGAUGGAUCGUGCAAAGGCCACCUUCCAAGAGGUCAUUUCAGUCGAAAUGGACGUCCAGAUAGCGAUACGAAGUGAGAUUGGACAGCUUCAGCAGGUUGUUCAGGACCUGGAGACGCGGAUCGAGACCAAAAUGUUGGAAAUUGACCGCUUAGAGCAAGCGAACACCUGGGCCAGAUCAGAGGUCUUUGCCUCUGGGACCCGUUGGCGACAGCAACUGCUUUGGCGCCAGCAGCAGAUUCGAAUGGGCCGCAAGGGCGCUGUGACGACAGAGCACACCAGUCAGGAAGCAGAAACAUUAAGGUUAAUGGGAUUUUGCCUGGGUGCAUUGGAAGAUGACUGCGAAGAGCCGACAACUAGCGGAAAGGUUAGCGGAAAAAGGCUCCGAAACGAUCAUGGCUAAUGUUGAAAACGUCUCACAAGCAAAAAGCUUCCAAAAGGCUUGAAUGUUAAGACCAGGUCCAGCUUUCGUCGGUCAAGCACAAGCGGAGCAAAUCAUGGUUUCAAUGAUCCCCACACGCACGUAAGGCCCGCGCUCAUUGUCGAAGUCCAUGGCGAGUUGUGAGGUACGCAUCAAGCAGCAUCAUGCAGAAAAAGUUUGCACCAGUGG